ACAUAUUUCGUGACACAGUAACUUCCUCACACUCUAUCGGAUUGCAAAAUAGAGAAAGCUAGCGGCGUCUAUAUAUAGGCGAUUCUGAGCCCUCCUUGCAUAGGAAAAGCCCAUUUCAAUCCUUUCCAGUGGUCUCCCUCUCGCCUGCGGCUCCAGAGCAACGUAACUGUUUCUGUGAUGGCUUCAAAGCGAAUCCAGAAGGAAUUGAGGGACUUGAAAAAGGACCCUCCUGCUUCUUGCAGUGCUGGGCCCGUUGGUGAGGAUAUGUUCCAUUGGCAAGCUACGAUUAUGGGUCCAACAGACAGCCCAUUUGCUGGUGGGGUCUUUCUCGUAUCUAUUCAUUUUCCGCCCGAUUAUCCAUUCAAACCACCCAAGGUGUCAUUCAAAACUAAGGUUUACCAUCCAAACAUCAACAGCACUGGCAGUAUUUGCCUGGAUAUCCUCAAAGAUCAAUGGAGCCCUGCCCUUACCAUUUCUAAGGUGCUGCUCUCCAUCUGUUCCUUGCUGACAGACCCGAACCCGGAUGAUCCUCUCGUCCCGGAGAUCGCGCAUAUCUGCAAGACGGACAGAGCCAAAUACGAGGCAACAGCUCGCUCGUGGACUCAGAAGUAUGCCAUGGGAUGAAUUGAUCGUCCAGUCUGGGAAUCCUGCUGCCCCUAUUUCUUGGGUAAAAAUAAGAAUAUGAAGCCGGAGUAGUGUAGUGCAUGCAUCAUUGGUCUGGUCAUCGUAGUAGUAUAAUAUUGUGGUUAGGCUAUUUCUAUUAAUACCUAUCCUACCCUAUUCUCCCUCGUGGAUUUAUUUAUUUGGUCGCUACUCAUUUGCCACCUCUUCUGUUAUCUAUUAUCUAUCUAUCUGCCUGCUUUCUAGACUAAAUUGUGUUUUAUUUAUAAUAUAUAUAUAUAAUGUA